AUUUCCCAUCAUUCCCUUAGUAGUUUCCCCGGAAGAAAACGUGCGAUGUUUCUUUGUGCUUCCUCUUUCCGUCAGCGGAGUUUAGAACACGAUGGGACGUGUGAUCAGGGGACAGAGAAAAGGUGCAGGCUCUGUGUUCAGAGCCCACGUUAAGCACAGGAAAGGUGCUGCUAAACUCCGUCACAUUGACUUCGCUGAACGCCAUGGUUACAUCAAGGGGAUUGUGAAGGAUAUCAUCCAUGACCCUGGCCGUGGUGCUCCCCUUGCCAAAGUGGCUUUCCGUGACCCAUACCGGUUCAAGAAAAGGACAGAGCUCUUCAUCGCUGCUGAGGGAAUUCACACUGGACAGUUCAUCUACUGCGGCAAGAAGGCUCAGCUGAACAUCGGUAAUGUUCUGCCCGUUGGCACAAUGCCUGAAGGAACCAUCAUCUGUUGCCUGGAAGAGAAACCUGGUGAUAGAGGCAAACUGGCCCGCGCCUCUGGAAACUACGCCACCGUCAUCUCCCACAACCCAGAGACCAAGAAGUCUAGAGUCAAGCUGCCCUCAGGCUCCAAGAAGGUCAUCUCCUCUGCCAACAGAGCUGUCGUCGGUGUGGUUGCUGGAGGUGGUCGUAUUGAUAAGCCUAUACUGAAGGCCGGUCGAGCCUACCACAAGUACAAGGCCAAGAGGAACUGCUGGCCCCGUGUCCGUGGUGUGGCUAUGAACCCUGUUGAGCAUCCCUUUGGUGGUGGUAACCAUCAGCAUAUUGGCAAACCCUCAACAAUCAGGAGGGACGCUCCUGCUGGUCGCAAGGUUGGUCUUAUUGCUGCCCGUCGUACAGGCAGACUGCGUGGAACAAAGACCGUCCAGGAAAAGGAGAACUAAAUGACUGUCUUGUUAAUAAAACAUUUCCAAAAAUAA